AUGGUAUCAAGAGGGAGGAGCCACAUGGUAUCAAGAGGAGGAGCCACAUGGUAUCAAGAGGGAGGAGCCACAUGGUAUCAAGAGGGAGGAGCCACAUGGUAUCAAGAGGGAGGAGCCACAUGGUAUCAAGAGGGAGGAGCCACAUGGUAUCAAGAGGGAGGAGCCACAUGGUAUCAAGAGGGAGGAGCCACAUGGUAUCAAGAGGGAGGAGCCACAUGGUAUCAAGAGGGAGGAGCCACAUGGUAUCAAGAGGGAGGAGCCACAUGGUAUCAAGAGGGAGGAGCCACAUGGUAUCAAGAGGGAGGAGCCACAUGGUAUCAAGAGGAGGAGCCACAUGGUAUCAAGAGGGAGGAGCCACAUGGUAUCAAGAGGGAGGAGCCACAUGGUAUCAAGAGGGAGGAGCCACAUGGUAUCAAGAGGGAGGAGCCACAUGGUAUCAAGAGGGAGGAGCCACAUGGUAUCAAGAGGGAGGAGCCAUAUGGUAUCAAGAGGGAGGAGCCACAUGGUAUCAAGAGGGAGGAGCCACAUGGUAUCAAGAGGGAAGGAGCCACAUGGUAUCAAGAGGGAGGAGCCACAUGGUAUCAAGAGGGAGGAGCCACAUGGUAUCAAGAGGGAGGAGCCACAUGGUAUCAAGAGGGAGGAGCCAUAUGGUAUCAAGAGGGAGGAGCCACAUGGUAUCAAGAGGGAUGGACAGUUUUCAAAGCUCGACUCACUCAGAGUGGGUGGAUGGAGGACAACACCCCAAUUCUCUCAUUGGGCCCACAGGGUGGGUGGAGAGGACAACGCCCCACUGCUCUUGUCAAUGCCCUUGUCUUUAUUAACUCACUCACUCACUCGCCCUGCCAUUCUCCCUCCGCUAUUCUCCCUCCCACUCGCCAGAUUGGGUCAACCGAGUGGGUGGAGGACAACGCCCCGCUGCUCUCCUCUCGCGCUGUCGCUUACAUAAACGUCGACACCGCCGUGUCUGGCGCUGGUUUUCAUGCUGCUGCCACUCCACAGCUGGAUGACGUCAUCAGAGAGGUUGCUGAGCUGGCAACCCAUCAUGCCCCUUCGUCUUGGGAAGUCACGCCUUGUCUUUGUAUUGCACAGGUGGAGGAUCCAGACAAGCAAGGCCAGUCGGUGUAUGCCUCGUGGGCUGAGAGGACCAACCGCACUGUGCCCUAUUCUGCUGGUAGUGGGCUGUGGUGGGUGCUGAUACUGUCAUGUGUGAGUAGUCCGGUGGGUUACUUGCUGUUCCUUCCAUCUCCUCGUUUUUGUGCUGUGCACCGUAUUGUAUUGCUGGGCGGCGGCGGCAGCGACUAUGCUCCGUUCCUGCAGCACCUUGGGAUUGCCGCCGCUGACCUGCACUUUGGGGAAGACUACCCCAUGUAUCACAGCCUGUACGACAGCUACCACUGCAUGACAACUGUACUAGACCCUCGCUCACAUCAUCCCUCCCACCACCCACCCCUCCCUUCAAGACUACCCAUGUAUCACAGCCUGUACGACAACUACCACUACAUGACAACAGUCCCUGGACCCUCUCUUUUCACCUCACCUUACCCCUCUCAACCCACUCCCACACCCCCAGACUACCCCAUGUAUCACAGCCUACUACCCAUGUAUCACAGCCUGUACGACAACUACCACUACAUGACAACCGUCCUGGAUCCUCUUUUCGCCCGCCACCGCGCCUCAGCCCAGCUGUGGGGUGCUCUUACUCUGCGCCUGGCAGGAGACGCAGCGCUCCCUUUCAACUUCUCCACAUACGCCCUCAGGCUCAAGGUGCGUGUGCGUUCUCCCUUCACCCGCCAUCGUGCCACAGCCCAGCUGUGGGGGUCCCUUGUGACUUUUCAGUCGACUCAAAAGUCACUUUGUGCCACAGCCCAGCUGUGGGAGUCCCUUGCCCUGCGCCUAGCAGGAGACGCGGCUCUCCCUUUCAACUACUCCACUUACGCCCUCAGGCUCAAGACGUCUCAAAACCCUGCUCUCAUGCACCCAUCACACCCCGCAUUUACCCCCCCCUCUGCCUUCCCCCGGAUUACACCAACGAGCUGGAGGCCUCGUUACUUGAGACGCCUUAAGAACCCAUCUCAACCUGCAUUCACACCUCCCUCCUUUCCCCAGGAUUACACCAACGAGCUCCAGGCCUCGUUACAGUCACACGCAGCGCAGCAGCACGUGUCUCUGGAUGCUAUCUGGAACGCCAUUGGCCAGCUUGAGACGGCAGUGACAGAGAUCACCAAUCAGAGAGCAGAAGCUAUUGCAGCAGGAGAAGCAGCAGGAGAAGCAGUAGGAGAAGCAGCAGGAGAAGCAGCAGGAGAAGCAGUAGGAGAAGCAGCAGGAGAAGCAGCAGGAGAAGCAGUAGGAGAAGGAAAGCGAGCGGGAGGAGUUGAAUCAGGAGUAGGCGGAGGAGGGGGAGAAGGAGAAGGAGGAGUGGCAUUGGCACAGCGCAGAUUGAUGAGCGUAUCCCCCAGCGUGCAUCUUGACAUGCCUCUUCCUCUUCUUCUGAGGGACAUCAAUGACCGACUCAUGCUGGCUGAGCGCGGCUUCCUGGAAGCUGCUGGGCUCGGGCCCGGCUACACGUGGUACCGGCACAUGGUGAGUAUGUGGAGUGGUGAUGAGGGGUGA